AUGGCCUCAUCAGCUUCAGGUCAGCAACCACCCAAACCGAACCAGCACGUCGAGCUUACCAUCUGCACCGACGAUGACAGCGCAGGGAGGGCGGCUCGCGUGUUCGACGAACAAGAAGACGACGAAGCUAGGGAGCUCCUGCUCGAUGUGGCGGACUCGGACAGUUACCUCGCCGGCGCCGGCAGUAGCGCGCCGCCCAAGAUACGGGUGCGGGGGCUGAGGAAGCGUGCGGCGUCGACCGGCGAGGAGAUCCUCCGGGGCGUCCACCUGGACGUGCCGCGCGGGGUCGUCAUGGGCGUCAUCGGGCCCAGCGGCAGCGGCAAGUCCACGCUGCUCCGCGCGCUCAACCGCCUCUGGGAGCCCGCGCCCGGCGCCGUGUUCCUCGACGGCGCCGACGUCUGCGGCCUCGACGUCCGCGCGCUCCGCCGCAAGGUCGGCAUGCUUUUCCAGCAACCCGCCAUGUUCGAAGGGACUGUGGCAUACAACGUGCGCUACGGGCCACAGCUGAGCGGCAAGAAACUCAGUGAAGACGAGGUGCAGAGCCUGCUGAGGCUGGCCGACCUGGACCCUGCCCUGUCCUCCAAGCCUGCCAACGAGCUGUCCGUCGGCCAGGCACAGCGCGUCGCCUUGGCACGCACCCUCGCCAACGACCCUGAGGUUCUCCUGUUGGACGAGCCGACGAGCGCACUGGACCCUAUAUCCACACAAAACAUCGAGGACACCGUUGUGCGGCUGAAGAAGGCGAGGGGGCUCACCACGGUGAUCGUCUCCCACAGCGUGAAGCAGAUCCAGCGCAUCGCGGACCUGGUGUGCCUCCUCGUUGCCGGCGAGAUCGUGGAGGUGCUCGCGCCGUCAGAGCUGUCCAGGGCGAAGCAUCCCAUGGCCCGGCGCUUCUUGGAGCUAAGCUGA